AUGUACCCCGGUGCACCAAUCCCUCCAACGCAACCUCACUCCGCCAACCACCCGCAUCCAUGCCGCCCGAGCAGCCAUGUCUGCCCGCCCGCACCCGAGCCGCGCAAUCCGCCCAAGAUCAACACGCCUCCCACCGCCAGGGCCGCCGCCCUGCAUCCAGACCGUCCUGGAAUCAUCAAAGGAGCAAGCUUUGGCCAGUGCAAACCCCAACCAUCGCCGAAAACUGCAACGACUGUCCCGCCUCAGAGCACCGAGUCAGCAACCAACAAGCACGGCGACGGGCGGCUCGACCUCGUCGAAGCCCCCAUCCUACUGGCCUUCCCACCAGAAGCACUCUGCUUCGCCCCACCACGGCCAUUGGCACCAACUAGCGAGAGGCCACUGACGGCGCGCGUCCGUCGAAGAGGGGGAGAGAACCACCGCCACCGCAUCCAAGGAAGAACCACAAACAGCCUGCCCGUGCCGCACGCCCCAGCCGGGACGGAGACCCGGCCGGACCCCAGGACGCACACGCACCGCCACCGCCACAACCACGCCACCAGCACUGCCACCCCUAAGCACGGCAGCGCCGGCCGCCCGCGGCUCCUGCAGAACCCAGCCCUCGCCGCUGGAAGGAACCCCAGCGCCAGAUCCCGCGGGAUCCAACCGGGGCCAUCCCGCGCGAUCCGCCCGACGCAGCCACCCCAUGGAUGA